GGGAGAACUCACAAGUACUGCAAUCUUUCACUGUUUGUUUGGCUCUGCACAUGAUCCCAUCACAGCUUUCAGGAUCCAUCUGUGGAUCCGUUUAGACUUGUGACUUCUGGUUUGCCAUCAGCCCACCAAUCAUGACAAGCUAGAGGCGGGGCCCGGUGGUUUCUAAGGUUACGUCGUGUGAUUGACGUUCAGCCUCCUGCAGCGGAGUGCACAGCAGUGGAUCACUGAUGCUCCUGCUUCCCUUCGGAGACUGUGGAGAAAUCCGGAAAUGAGGAGAGCGAGGGAUAGAGGAAGAAGGACAAUGAUUGUCUAAAGUCUUCCAGUGAUUUCCUCUUCUCUUUAUAGGAAGAAAAAAAAAAGAACGCCAGAGCACUGCAAAAAGCUGGUUGAGGAAAAAAAAAGAGAAGAAGAAGAAGGGCAAUUUGUUGGUCAUAUACAGUACAUGACUUCCGCAAGAAGAAUCAGCAAGACUGCAGCCAAUAGAAAACUCAAAAGAACCUGAGCCCUCUUCAGUGAACAGAAACUCAACUCAAUUUAACAUGUUUGCAAGUGCUGGGUACCCAUAAGGCCUUGCAAGUGGCCAGUGAGUGGAGUCAUAAGGAGGGCGCGAUGAAUUUGACCAACCAAAGGCUGUCACCUGGGGAUAUAGACUCCACCCAUCCUUGAUCUCCAGGGUGACAGCAGGACCACAUUCCCAACAAACCAGCAUCUCAUUGGCCAAGGGCACAGUACAGUGUCUGGAAAUGACCACAAAACGAAAGCUGAUUGGUCGGCUGGUGCCAUGUCGUUGUUUCCGCGGGGAGGAGGAAGUGAUCUCGGUGUUGGACUACUCUCACUGCAGUCUGCAGCAAGUCCCCAAGGAAAUAUUCAGCUUUGAGAGAACUCUGGAGGAGCUGUAUCUGGACGCCAACCAGAUUGAAGAACUACCCAAGCAACUAUUCAACUGCCAGGCCUUGAAGAAGCUGAGCAUGCCUGAUAACGAUUUGUCCAACUUGCCAACCACCAUUGCCGGCCUGGUUAACCUCAAAGAGCUUGACAUCAGUAAAAAUGGUAUUCAAGAGUUUCCAGAUAAUAUCAAAUGCUGUAAAGGCCUGUCAGUGGUCGAGGCCAGUGUCAACCCUAUCACCAAGCUCCCAGAUGGUUUUACACAACUCCUGAAUCUGACUCAACUCUUUUUAAACGAUGCCUUCCUGGAGUAUUUGCCCGCAAAUUUUGGCAGACUCUCCAAACUUCGGAUCCUGGAGCUGAGAGAGAACCACCUGAAAACCAUGCCAAAGUCCAUCCAUCGACUGACACAGUUGGAGAGGUUGGAUCUGGGAAGCAAUGAAUUCUCUGAAGUGCCAGAGGUGUUGGAGCAGAUCCACAACCUCAAGGAGCUGUGGAUGGAUAACAACUCUCUACAGUCAAUACCGGGGUCAUUAGGGAAACUUCGCCAGCUGCGCUACUUAGACCUAGCUAAGAAUCGUAUUGAGAAUUUGGACACAGAUGUUUCAGGCUGUGAGGCCUUGGAGGAUCUUUUGCUAUCCUCCAACAUGCUUCAGCACCUCCCUGACUCUAUAGGAAUGUUAAAGAAGCUGACAACACUAAAGGUGGAUGACAACCAGCUGACCUCACUACCAGGCACAAUCGGGAGCGCGAAGCCCAAGCAAGGUCUCAGCUUGCUGGAGGAACUGGACUGUAGCUGUAACGAGCUGGAGUCCCUGCCUCCAACCAUUGGCUACUUGCACAGUCUGAGGACCUUUGCAGCUGAUGAAAACUUUCUGGUAGAACUUCCCCGAGAGAUCGGUAACUGUAAGAAUGUGACGGUGAUGUCGCUGCGCUCCAACAAACUGGAGUUCCUUCCCGAUGAGAUCGGACAGAUGACCAAACUACGGGUCCUAAACCUUAGUGAUAACAGGUUGAAGAAUCUACCGUUCACCUUUACCAAGCUGAAGGACCUGGCAGCUCUUUGGCUUUCUGACAAUCAGUCCAAGGCUCUGAUUCCCCUGCAGACAGAAGCCCACCCUGAAACCAAACAGAAGGUUUUGACCAACUACAUGUUUCCUCAACAACCUCGACAUGAUGAGGAUUAUCAAUCAGACAGCGACAGCUUUAAUCCGACUCUGUGGGAGGAGCAGAGACAACAGAGAAUGACUGUGGCCUUCGACUUUGAGGACAAGAAAGAAGAAGAAGACAACUCCGGGAAGGUCAAGGUGGAGAUAAACCUCAAACGCUACCCAACACCCUAUCCUGAAGAUCUGAAAAACAUGGUCAAGUCAGUGCAAAGUCUUGUGGGUAAAAAUAUCCACACUGGACAUGGGCACCAGCAUCAUCUUAGCACCGGCACUGCCACCUCAGCAGGAACGAACAUGGAACUUACACACCACAGCAAUGAACAAUAUGAACCACCAUGGCCCCUCCCUCCUAAAGAGGUAACAGACAGAGAGAUGCAGGACUUCUCUCAGACUCAGUUGAUGGACCAGGGACUGAUGCAUAACUCUGGCAUUGACAUUCCAAAAAGGAAGGACAAAGAGGACCUGACAGAGAGCUCAGAGGACUCAAUGGGCGGCUCACCCAAUGACAUCCGCAUAUCUGACAUGAGGCCCACCCUGGUAGAGCCACCGAUUUACAAACCAAAGGUGGUGCUGCUUGGCAAGGACAAGAAAGAGUCUACGGAUGAGGAGGUGGAUAAGCUCCACUGUCUGAACCACAGUGGCUCCUCAGCCACCUACUCGGACUACUCUCCCUCGCAAGGCUCCUCUGGCUCCUCCAACCCGCCCGCUAACGCACACUCGCACGCACACUCGCACGCACACUCGCAUGCACACACUCAUGCGCACCAACACAACCCUGCCCUACCAGCGCCCAACAAGGAUCAGGCUCUUCAAACACACUGGACCAAUAGGCUGGCCCAGUCUUUCCCCAAACCUAUUGACUCCAAGCCCUUGCUAUCGCAAAGAGAAACUCCUCCAUCAGGGACACUGCAGCAACGUGGUGACAGACGUCCACUAAGUGAGCCUUUUGAGUGGUCUGAGGCUCCUCACUAUGACAAUACCGGUUUUGAUGCCGAGGAGUCUCCCCUAAACCAUUCAUCCUCUGCUACGAGCCACGGAAACCCACAGCUGGGUUCCAAACCGCGGAGCCAGUCCACGCAUGGCCGCCGUCCUCUACUGAGGCAAGAGCGGAUUGUAGGCGUCCCGCUGGAGCUGGACACACAGACGCUCCCCUUUCACAGUAACCAACGCUCCGCCCAUGACAAUGAUCCCCAAGCCUCUGCACAAGCAUCUCAGAAUCCUUGGCAGAAUUGGACCCGCACCCCAAGCCCAUUGGAGGACAGGACAGCGUUUCCGUCCAAAUUGGACCUGACGCCAACCUCAAGCCCCAACCCAGACCGCAAGGUGGCAGACACAAGGCGGGAGCAAGGGACAGGGCCUCUGCCUGGCAGCUGGUCAUACCACAACAACCAGGGGGAGCAGAACAGAAAGGACCAGCUGACCGUCACCGGCAGCAACAAGGUAACCGUGGUAAUGAGUAAAAGCUCUGACCGACUGUCACCUAUGAUGAAGGAGACGCGAUCCAAGUUUAAGAAAUCCCAGAGCAUCGAUGAGAUCGACAUAGGUUCUUAUAAAGUAUACAGUAUUCCUAUGGACACCUACAGUUCCUCCAUUGAGCAGCAGAGCAGUUUGGACCGACAAGAGCUGCCAGGUUCCAUGGAGCAGACCAACAUGGCUCGGUCCCAGUCUGCACCUAUGCUCGAUGAGGAACUUGCUUUCCAUGCACAUAGCAACCAGAACCAGCAGGGGCAUAACCAGAAACCCGCGGUCCCACACAAGGCCUACCACUUUGACCAAAACUAUAACCCCCAGGUGACAAUGGAUCGCCGGGCCCCUCCCCCUUUCCCCAACACACCAGAUUAUGUUAACCACUCAUCAAAAGCUUUGGAGUAUAUCAAUCAACCUGGAAAGACAUUACCCAAGGAGUUGGUGAGCCCUCGGUACCGCGCUUACCCACCCCUGGAGAUGUUCUCUUUCCCCCAAUCGCCAAUCAAUCAGGAUGGUUCCACCAGCCAGCAGCAGCAGCAGCAGCAGCAGCAGCAGCAGCAGCAGCAGCAGCACCCAAUCCCAUCGCAGCGUUCCAGGCCAGGGUUUUUGAGGAGAGCAGACUCACUGGUUAGCUCAACCGAACUCGCUUUGUUCCGUCGAGUUCACGAAGCCCAGCAAGAGGCUCUGCAGGAAGCUCAGUAUAGACAGCAGGGGGACCCUCCUUUAUAUAGUCGUGCUCUUGCUUACUCCAGCCCUAUGGAUCAUUCUUCCAACAUGGUGGACAGCCAGAGUCAAAUGAUGCACAACAAGAGAAAUGGCCGGUAUGACGACGAUUACACAGACUACCAGGAACAGAAGAAGCCAAUGAUCGGUUACCCGACUAAAAGCUUGACUCAACGUCGCCCCCUGUCAGCAAGAAGUUACAGCACCGAGACCUACGGAGCAUCUCAGGCACGUCCGGUGUCAGCUCGUCCCACUAUGGCCGCCCUGCUGGAGAAGAUGCCUCCCGACUACACUCUGGCAACCUGCCCAGAGAAGCCUUUAGAUGACACCAUCAAAGUAAGACCUGUGGUACCGCAGAAGCCUGAAGACAUCACGUCCAAGAUGCCUGCAGAUUGGAGGCAACAGCUGCUCAGGCACAUAGAGGCCAAGCGCCUGGACAGGAGUGGUGUCCUAAAGCACAAUACUCUCACGCUGGGCAUGCUCUGUCAGGGCGGGGGUCACGGCCAGGGGCGCAGCGGCACUUUGAACUUUAACGUUUACAAUAACACUAAGCAUGAGCCCCCUGCUGGCCGCUGGCUGCCACUACCACCUCCUCCAUCUGCUAUUGCUACCCCCUCUCAGCAAGCUGCCAUGCUGGAUAAUGACCAAGAGGGUGUGUCAGGGAGCAAUCAGUGGGUUCCUUACUCACUUGGCAGGAGGGACGUCCCACCCGACAACCUCAUGAAGAAGGCCAGUCACUCCCACAACCCUUCUCAUCAGUCACACAAUACCAUGAUCGUCACUUCUUCGUCCUCUACCUCGGCCACGACCCCUCAUCGCAUGGUUGGCCAACAGGGUUAUGAUAGCGGGAUGAUGAACAAGGGGAGCCAAUACCAGCCAGGAAUGCCAUUAUCGGUCGUUCCAUCUGGAGGGCAGUAUCAAGGCAACAUGUCUCAAGCCCAUAACACCACUGGUCAGGUCUACCAAAGUACUGGCCUGCCCAUGGCCUUGUCGUCAUCCGGGAACCAACCUCAGUACAACCCACAUAUGUCUCACACGUCCCACCAGCCUCAGCUCCCACACAACAACCCCCAGUACCACAGUAACCAGGGAAAGGUCCACAGCAACCAGGUUGUUGUGACCACUCACACCAACCCACGGCCUCAGAGCGCCCGCUGCCUUCUGCAGACUAAAGGCCAGAAGAGCACCGAUGGUUUCCAGGAACAGGUACAUCAGUCUAAAGCAGCCUCAUCUGCUGCUCUUUUAAAGUUAUGUGUGAGAAUAGAGAAGAACCCCGGUCUUGGUUUUAGUAUCUCUGGUGGCAUCAGCGGCCAAGGGAACCCCUUCAAACCCUCCGACAUGGGUAUCUUUGUUACUAGGGUACAGCAUGACGGGCCCGCCGCAACCGCUCUGAAGCCUGGAGACAAGAUACUGCAGCAUGUGUGUAGCUCCUCCACUUUUCUCUCUUUUCCCCAACAGUGAUGUGUUACUGAGCUAAUGAUGGCAGUGAACCUCCAUCCUUCCACACAAAAAAAGCACUGCAACGUACAUAUCUAUAGAUGCAUGCGCACACACAUGCUGCUGACUGUGCUGCGUGUUUGCCUUGCAGGCUAAUGGACAUAAUUUUUUACACAUGGAGCACAAGACAGCCGUCUCUCUGCUGAAGAGUUUCCAAAGGACGGUGGACUUGGUGGUUCUGAGAGACAGCAGCGCUCCCUAGAAAUACCUUUAUAACAAUAAACAAACAUCACUUCUGUGCUAGUCACCAUCACUCACCACCCCACCUGUUCUCUGCUGGAGGCUGGUGGAACUGAAAAAAAAUGAGCCUCCUUUUUAAAAAAAAAAAAAAAAACUUUUUAGGGGAAUGCAGACUUUUUUGUGUGCCUAUUGCUGGAUCAUAGGCAAAUACUCGUGCCAAAUGUAACAUAGGAAACAUAUCCGUCUACUGGCGAGGGAUCUGAUUAACGGCCUAAAGGACCCCAAAGGACUACAGUAUACAACUUAAGUUACCACAGGGCUGCUCCAGUAUAAUUUUGUGUUUGAGUUGUUAUUUAGACAUCUAAUCUAAAUGUAUGCAGUCUUUUUUGUUUGGUUGGUUUGGUAUCUAGAAAUGGAGUAUGAUGAGCUUUUGUUUUAUGACCUUUUCUUGGUAUUUGUUUGAAUUCCUUUAAACACCUACUUCUAUGUUCUUCAAUGUCUUUUUGCUUAGAGUACCGUAAUCUGAUUUACUCCCCCGGUUUGAUUUCUAUUAUAAUGUUGUUCUGACAUCUGCUUCUAGUGUACAGAAAUGAACAUUUAAAACAAAACAACAAACUUCUGCCUUGUGUACAUACAUUGAGCUGCAGCUUUCCAGAGCUGCCCUAGGGGCCUAAACAAGUUGUGUUCAUAUUGUUUUUGAAACCAUAAAUUCAGUUUUGUCUUGUGAAUACACCCUAAAGACAUUUAUUUUCUUUGGGUUGAAUAAGCGUUUUUAGUUCAAGCCAUCGUCACUACUGUUUACAUUGUGUUCAGCAAACUGCCUGCUUUACAGCUGUGCUACAAAAAGAGCGAAAGCAAUAUUGAUAUUUUGAAGCUGCUGUCUAUUGAGCUUUGCAGUCGAGUCUAACGUGUCCUAUAGUGCCAUCUAAUGAGAAACUCAUGCUCAUGUUUACACGGUCACAUAACAUACUGUAUAUGCAAUGCUGCCCUCCACACAUGUGUAAAGUGAUUUUGGAAUCCUGAUCUUAGACUCUCCCAAACACAUAUGCACUCUGUAAUAUUAUCCAUAAUGUUUGUUUACAGCGUUUGUGUUGUAUUAUAAACACACAGAAUGCAAUCAUUUCACUGUUCAUUUUGGACAGAGAGAGUCAUGGAGUUGGGACACUGCAGAUUUAUGGUGAGGAUGAUGUUCUAUAUUUGGUCCAAAAUGAAGCCUUUCAUCCUCCCAAGUGAUAUUUACACAAGCCCAAAAUACCAGAACUUACAUUUUUGCAGCCCACAUCUGGUCUGGCAGCAGUGCCAGCAAGUGAGUAGCCGGAAAAAAACAAGACUGUUCUGCUUAAAGACCCAGUAUGCAGGAUUUCAAGGGAUUUAUCGGAAUAACCAUAACAAAUUAUUCAGUGUUAUUGUUGUUUUUGUGACCAUUUGGUGAGAAGCUCUUUUUUAAUUAAAUGACGAAAUCCGACACACCAGUUCUUUAAAACAGAUUACAACUAAUUACAUACUGUAAGUGAAUAUUCUCAUUUAUCCAGGUAGUUGUACUCUGAGGGCAUUGAAUGUAUUGCAAUUGGACUGUUCAUCUUUUCUCAGAUGACAUCUUGGCUGAGAGGAUGGUGCAGGAUCCAAGUAUUUAACCUCUAAGGUGGACCCCCCAUAAACAAAACCAUCACCUUAAAAGAGUGAAACCAUUCUUGGUUGGGGACGGGGGAAUACAUACUUGGAUCCUGCACCAUCCCCUCAGACUAGAACUGCCCUAUCCAAUCUUUGAUUAUGAAAUGACAGAGCCUGCUCUAAUGAGAGCUGAAAUGUCUUUUUAAACUAUCUAAACCAGGUGUGUCAAACUCAUUUUAGUUCGGGGGCCACAUGGAGAAAAAUCUACUCCGAAGUGGGCCGGACUGGUAAAAUCACGGCACGAUAACUUAAAAAUAAGACAUUAACAUUCAAACUCAUCCCGCAGGCUGGAUAAAACCUGUGCGGGCCUGAUCCGGCCCUCGGGCCGUACGUUUGACACCCUGAUCUAAACAUUCCAGUUGUGAUUGGUUCAAUGUCCCGAGUGAGUGUUAAAUACACAUUUGAUGGUCAUAUAAAUGCAUCAACUGCAUAGCACACAUUUCAUGCGUGUCAAGACAUUGUUGUCUAUGAAUUGCAUCAAGUCAGGCCCCACACACCCCACCGCAAAAUGUGUCAAUGAUGUUUCACCAAAUUGUACAGUUAAAAUUAAUUGGCUGUGACCACAGCUUCCAACUCAAGCUAAUUUAAAAUCUAAAAAUGUGAAAGGUAUUAUGAUGCGAAGAAAGAAAAGGUUUGAUAAUAUAAUUAUUUUACUACGUUUCAGGUAAUUAUUUCUAAAUAUAUUGCGAUACCUUGCGUUGCUCAAAGGUUAUGAUAUUUUAUAAUGACUCUUAUAAUAUUGUGAUAGAUGAAGGUACGCACAGUAUGACUUGGGAACCUAAACAUGUACCAUCUAAAACUGUACAAAAUGUAUUUCUAUUGUAAUUGUAAUUUGUGUUAUACAAAUAUAUUAUAAAUAUAUAUAUAUAUACAUAUAUAUAUAUGUAUAUGGUUAUAAAGAAAAUCAUUUUUUUAUGUGAUAAGCUACCAUAAGAGCUGAGACAGUUUCACUGUACAAUAGCUGUGAAAGAACUUCGAUUUCAAACGACUCCUACUAAUUGUGAAUGUGCCCAUGCUUUCUGCAGUAUACACUUACUCAACUUGAAUGCUGCUUCUUCUGUUGUGUGACAAAGUACUUUUACCUCCAAUGAGAGACGCGCUGUUCAAGUUGGACAAUUUUCAGUGACAGUUUACAGCACUAUUUUGUUUUGUUUAUUUAUGUAUUUAUUUAUUUGCAAAUGCAAGUUAAAAUCCUUCCAGUUUUAAUUUUGAAUAUUUAUGAAAAGAAAUGUAACUGCCGAAGUAUAUAUAAUAUAUAUCAUGUGUUUAGAAUGCAUUUUGCAGAUGCUGUCUGUACAUACUAUUUAAGAUACAGUUUUUACAAAAAAAAAAUUAAUAUAUGUAUAAAAUUUAAAAAAUGCUGUGCAGCAAUUAUACUGAAGCCAUUUUCGGCUUUGGGACUUACAAUUUUUUCAGUAUAUAAGAAGUGUUUUGAAUAAUGUAUUAAAGUCUCUAUUGUACAAAUAAUAAAAAUGUCACUAUUGGUAAUCAAAGGU